GAGUUCAUACCAGUAAGGCAGUAACUUCAAAUGUCAUCAAAAUGAAAAGCUACCAAACAUCACACAUUUCAAAAAUCUCAUACUAUUUUGCAUUAUAAAAUCUCUCCACCCCUUUCUCUUUCAUUCUUCACUCAUCAUUCUCAAAUGGAAAACAAAGCACAAAACAUUUUUCUCUUUUCCUUAUUCUUCACAUUCAUAUCUAUCCGCUUCAUUACCUCGUACCCACUUGAAUUCCAAACCCACUCACCACUUCUCCACUCUCUCCCCCACCCACCAACACUCUCAUGGCCCGAAUCCAAAUCCACUGAACCCGACCCGGAAAAUUCCUCCACCCUCUACCUCCAUCACAUAGAUGCUCUCUCUUUCAACAAAACCCCACAACAACUCUUCAACCUUAGACUCCAAAGAGACACUGCAAGAGUCAAAACCUUCACCUCAUUAGCCUCAUCUUUAAACCAAACCCGACCCGGUAAAUCCGGAUCCGGGUCGAGUGUAAGUAGCUCUGUAGUUUCAGGUUUAGCUUUAGGGAGUGGUGAGUAUUUUACACGCAUAGGAGUUGGAACACCACCAAGAUAUGUUUACAUGAUUCUUGAUACUGGAAGUGAUAUUGUUUGGCUUCAAUGUGCACCUUGUGAGAAUUGUUACUCACAAACCGACCCGGUUUUUGACCCGAAGAAAUCAAGUUCUUAUGCUGGAAUUUCGUGUUUGUCUCCUCUGUGCCGCCGGUUGGACUCACCGGGAUGUAAGGGGAAAAGAGUUUGUCAGUAUGAAGUCUCCUACGGUGAUGGAUCAUUCACCGUGGGAGACUUCUCAACUGAAAUGUUGACGUUUGGGAGAACCGGAGUUCCACGUGUGGCUAUUGGUUGUGGUCAUGAUAAUGAGGGACUCUUUAAUGGCUCGGCCGGUUUAUUUGGUUUAGGUCGUGGUGGUUUAUCUUUUACUAUCCAAACUGCAUACCGGUUCAAACAAAAAUUCUCUUAUUGUUUUGUGGACCGGUUUGUUUCGAAUAAACCAUCUUCUAUUGUUUUUGGUGACUCAGCCAUUCCGCGAACCGUGUUGUUCACUCCUUUGAUUAAAAAUCUUAAAUUACCCACUUUUUACUACGUUGAACUUCUAGGAAUCAGUGUAGGUGGGCUGCCUGUUCGUGGCAUUUCAGCUUCACUGUUUCGGUUCGACAAAACAGGAGAUGGGGGUGUAAUUAUUGACUCUGGAACUUCAGUGACGCGACUCACUCGUCUUGCUUAUGUGCCACUUAGAAAUGCUUUUCGAAUUGGGACCAGACAUUUGAAACAAGGACCCGUGGACGAGCUUUUUGACACGUGUUAUGAUUUAGCAGGGAUUAAGGAGUUGAAGAUUCCGACUGUGGUGCUUCAUUUUCGAGGUGCUGAUAUGAAUUUGCCAUCGGGGAAUUUACUAGUUCCGGUGAACACAGACAAAAGAACUUAUUGUUUUGCUUUUGCCGGAACGAUGAGUAAGUUGUCUAUUAUAGGGAAUAUACAACAACAAGGGUUUCGGGUUACCUAUGAUUUGGCGGGUUCUCGGGUCGGAUUUUCGCCGCAAGGGUGUGUGUGAUUCUUACAUGAGUUGGGAAAAUGUUUUUCUCGAUUUUUUUUCUUUCUUUUUAGUCUUUAAUUAUUGAGUACUACUGUUUAAAUUACGUGAAAUUAACUAUAAAUAAACCAAAUAAUUUGUUUCAAAA